UCUCCCCUGUCCUCUGUAGCGUAACUAUUUCUAUUUCAGCACUUGGACAACACAACAGUGAGCCAGUUUACGACUUGUUUGGAGCGUGUGGAGCUGCGCGCGGAGAUGGAGCUGUCAUCAAUAGGAGACCAAGUGUUCGCCGUUGAGUCAAUAACAAAAAAGAGAGUGAGAAAGGGUAAUGUGGAGUACCUCCUGAAAUGGCAGGGAUGGCCACCAAAGUACAGUACUUGGGAACCAGAGGAGAAUAUUUUGGACCCGCGUCUGGUCCUGGCCUAUGAAGAGAAUCAGGAGAAGAUCAGAGCUCUGGCCUAUCGCAGGAAAGGUCUCAGACCCAGGAGGCUCGUCCUGCGGAACAUCUUUGCCAUGGACCUCCGCAGUGCCAAUAAGGUCUCGGAGAAGCCCCCCCCUCGACUGCGUCUCUCCCUCACCCGCUCCAUGAGUACAGAUGUGGACCAGGGCGAGCAGAGCAGCCUGUACCGUGGCCUAGCCAGGAGGAAGAGCAAGCAGAGGGUGUCCAAACGGGGGCCCCCGGGACCCUCAAACAAAACCACCUUUCCACUGAAGAAGAUGGAGGAGCCCAUUGAAGAGGACUGGGGCGUCACCAGCGAAGAAGAGAAGCAUGAGUCAGAAAGCAUUACCGAAGAGAGAAGUAAAGACAGUUUAUAUGGUCAGUCAGAGUGCAGCUCCCCCCCCUUGCUUGAGCGACAGGACUUAGAGAUGGACGUAGAGGAGAAGAUGGACGCCGACCUGCCAGCGGUAGGCACAGAAACAUGGAUUGACAGACCGGGUGGAGGGACAUCUGAAACGAGACAGAACCAAAUGUUUGCGUGCAGCCAAUCAAAAGACAGUGCCUCGGAGGCCAUAACAGAAGAUGUGGUUUCUGUGAGCGACAGGUCAGACUGGGACAUAGGUGAGGAGAGCGUGGAGUCAGAAGGAUUAGAGAUUAGAUUAGAGAGCAGUGUGUGUCAGAGCAGCAACACGACCUCGGUGAUAGUGAGCGUUCAGGGGAGCAGCGAGGCCGCAUGCGAGCGCUCCCCUACUGAGGCAAGGAAGGAGGAAGUGAGUGACGACAAUCCGAGUGUUACCAAGACAGCACCACGCAGUCAGACUGCUCCCGUUGCAGCAGAACAACCCGGGAACGUGAUUUCUACAGACGUGACUAUCAACUCUCUGACGGUGACUAUUAAAGAAGCGGUUGUGGCUGAAGGCUUCUUUAAAGGCUAUUGAAUAACGAGAAAGAGAUGAAGAGAGAUCAGAAUAACCAGAAUUAGACCAGCCACUCAUUUUAUACAUGUAAAGGAUGUGUAUAUUGGGUAAUUCCAUCCAUCCAUCUAUUUUAACCUGGUUAUCCUGGGCCAGGUCACGGGGCAGCAUGCUAUAAGCAAAAUAUUGCGGACCUCCCUCUGCCCAGCAACGUUUUCCAGCGCUUUCUGGGUAACCCUGUGGCGUUACCAGGCAAAAUGAAAUCUAUAAUUUCUCCAGCGUGUUCAGGGUCUAUCCUGGGGCCUUGUAUCAGUUGGACGGGCCUUGAAAACCUCUAAUGGUGUGUUCACACCAAAUUCAAAACAAACUUUUCAAGUAGCGUGAUUGCAAUUGUGAAUGACAAAGUUCAGCAAAGACGCAAAGAGAAGCAAAUUCGGGAAAAUCUAAGAGCGUUGAGACACUCAUGCAUAGCGUAGCCCCAAUCCUUCCAAACGCCAUUCAGAAAACCGAGCUGACAAAGCAUGAAUUCAGACUUUUUAUAAAUUGGUAUCGUGAUGUAGUUAUUUUGGCGUACUUUCACUUUAUUGCAAUUAACCCCAGCUAAAUCUGUACCUUAAGUAGCGCUGGAAGCGGCAGUCAUCCAGAUGCACUUCCUGCACACCGAGCUGUGUGUGCCUCCGGAUGAUGUUAUGAACCCAGACACGAUUUGGUUUUCCAACGUAUCUGGGACUUCCACAACGGGUACAGAGCGGCAGAAGCGGUCAUUUGGCCAUGCUUGAUGAGGUAAAGAAACGUUGGUGCCAACAGCCCUACACCAGCAAGUCUCACGUGAGUAACGCAAAUAAACACAAAUAAUCCUAAUAUGAUUGCAGUCAAACUCACGCCAUCAACGCAAGGUAAAAGUUCCCUUCGCAGUUGGUACAGAACAUAACGGGAGGCACACAGGAGGCAUCCUAAUCACAUGACUAAACCAACUCAACUCUUUAGAAGUAGCAGCUCCAAGUUACCUCUGGAUGUCUGGGCAGCUCCCCCUAUCAUAAAGCUGAGCCCAGCCACCCUACAGAGGAAACUCAUUUUGCCUGCUUGUAUCUGAGAUGUAAUUUUUUCAGUCACUAUCCAAAGCUCAUGACCAGGGCCAAGGGGAGUCUGCAGACCCAGAACUCUGCAGAUUUCCUGCAGAUUUGAAACAAUUACAAAAAAAUAUAUAAAAUAAAACUCUGAAUGUUAACACAUGUCCACCUCAAGCAUAAAGACAGUCCGUUAAAUUCUGCAGAUUUUCAUUCUGGAUCACCGAUAAAAACUGUUAAAA